UUUCCGCCGGCGACAACCGUAUUGUCAGGUAUGGAAAACGUACGGUAAGACCCACUAUGACGCUUUUUCUGCCGCGCCCCACCCGAACUCCAUCGUCCGCCCGAUGGGAUGGAGCCUUCAGUGUGGCCAGACCAGGGAUUGAAUGGCACCUGUUACAUGGUGUGGGCACGUCCGAGUAGCAACCAUACUAAAAAAAAAUGGGUGGAAAAAAAUUCAGGAGCAAGAAAAAAGAAUAGGAGUAUAUGGGCAUCGAUUGGGAACUAAAAGAAAAAAAAAGCUUGUUCGGGUUCAUUCAAAGGCAGCUGCUCGCCCACCUCUUUCUCUUUCUCUGUCUUCUGCUUUUACAGUUUAUCUCAUUUUUCUUUCACCAACUCAUAGGAACUCCAAUCAAGCGGUGACAUACACAUCUAUUACCUGCCUUUGUACCCUGUUCCGUGACUCACAACACCGGUGCUCGAAUACUUCCACUUGACUAUAUGUAGUCAAACCCCUCUAGACGCAUCUCAAUACUACCAAUUGCAAGUGGAUUAUGUACUUGAUCGUCUACCAUACAUCUCAAUUCUACCAAUACCGAAGCACAUCAUAAACGGACUUCUAUUGUUUGCAAUUGCGGCAUACC